GGCGGCUCUGGAGGGAGGCUGCGCGCGAGAUUCGGCGGUGCGGACAAAACCCUGCAGCAGGCGCCUGCGAGCCCUGCGCAGCUGCUGCCCGCUGCGGGGAGAGGGGGCGGGGGUCGGCGCCCCGCGGCGGAGCAGCGCCGGCACCUCAGCCAGGCGGCGCCAGAAGCUGCGCGGAGGCCGGGCGGCGCGCCUCCUGACAUGGUCCGGGCAUCCCUGACCGGGCCGGGCCGGGGCUAGGACCACAGCGUUGCGGGCCGGGGGCGGGUCGCGGUCCGCCCCUCAGUCCCUCCGUCCUGCCCUCGCCGGGGACUUGUGUUCCGCGCUAGGGCGCCUCAGGGAAGGAGGGAGAGAGUCGCGGGGGCGGGGGGCGGGGAGAAGGAGCGUUCGCUGGAGGCUGGAGGAGGCUGACCUGCGUCCCCGCCCAGCCCGCGCCUAUGCGGCACCUGAAGGAUGGCGAAGAGGUCGCGCAGUGAGGAUGAGGAUGAUGACCUUCAAUAUGUUGAUCAUGAUUAUGAAGUGCCACAGCAGAAAGGAUUGAAGAAACUCUGGAACAGAGUAAAAUGGACAAGAGAUGAGGAUGAUAAGUUAAAGAAAUUGGUUGAACAGCAUGGAACAGAUGAUUGGACUCUAAUUGCUAGCCACCUUCAAAAUCGUUCAGAUUUUCAGUGCCAACAUCGAUGGCAGAAAGUUUUAAAUCCAGAAUUGAUAAAAGGUCCUUGGACUAAAGAAGAAGAUCAGAGGGUUAUUGAAUUAGUUCAGAAAUAUGGACCAAAAAGAUGGUCCUUAAUUGCGAAGCAUUUAAAAGGAAGAAUAGGCAAGCAGUGCAGAGAACGGUGGCAUAAUCAUCUGAACCCCGAGGUGAAGAAGUCGUCCUGGACAGAGGAGGAGGACAGGAUCAUCUACGAAGCACAUAAGCGGUUGGGAAAUCGUUGGGCAGAAAUUGCCAAACUGCUUCCUGGAAGGACUGAUAAUUCUAUCAAAAAUCAUUGGAAUUCUACUAUGCGAAGAAAAGUGGAACAGGAGGGCUACUUACAAGAUGGAAUAAAAUCAGAACGAUCAGCUAAGCUUCAACACAAACCUUGUGCGACUAUGGACCAUUUGCAAACCCAGAAUCAGUUUUACAUACCUGUUCAGAUUCCCAGUUAUCAGUAUGUGUCACCUGAAGGCAAUUGUGUAGAACAUGUUCAGACAACUUCUGCCUUUAUUCAGCAGCCCUUUGUUGAUGAAGAUCCAGAUAAAGAAAAGAAAAUAAAGGAACUUGAGUUGCUUCUUAUGUCAGCUGAGAAUGAAGUUAGAAGAAAGCGAAUUCCAACACAGCCUGGAAACUUUUCUAACUGGUCUGGUAGUUUCCUCAUGGAUGAUAGCAUGUCUAAUACUCUAAACAGCCUUGAGGAUCACACUAGUGAGUUUUAUAGUAUGGAUGAAAAUCAGACUGUAUCUGCUCAGCAGAAUUCGCCCACGAAGUUCCUGGCCGUAGAGGCGAAUGCUGUGCUGUCCUCUCUACAGACCAUCCCGGAAUUUGCAGAGACUCUAGAACUUAUUGAAUCUGAUCCUGUAGCGUGGAGUGAUGUUACCAGUUUUGAUCUUUCCGAUGCUGCUGCUUCUCCUGUCAAGUCCACUCCAGUUAAACUAAUGCGAAUUCAACAUAAUGAAGGAGCCAUGGAAUGUCAAUUUAAUGUCAGUCUUGUACUUGAAGGGAAAAAAAACAGUUAUAACGGUGGAGACAAUGAGGCUGUUCCUUUGACAUCCCCAAAUGUGGCCAAGUUUAGCACUCCACCAACCAUCCUCAGAAAGAAGAAAAGAACGCGAGUGGGUCAGUCCCCAGGCAGUGAAUUUGGUGAUGGUUCAUUCAGUGAUGGUGGUAAUAUAGCACUAAAACACACACCAGUGAAAACACUACCAUUUUCACCUUCACAGUUUUUCAACACUUGUCCUGGAAAUGAACAACUUAAUAUAGAAAAUCCUUCUUUUACAUCAACUCCUAUUUGUGGACAAAAAUUUCUCAUUACAACUCCUCUUCAAAAGGAAACAACUCCCAAAGAUCAAAAAGAAAACGUUGGGUUUAGAACACCUACUAUUAGAAGAUCUAUAUUGGGUACCACACCGAGAACUCCUACUCCUUUUAAGAAUGCGCUUGCUGCUCAGGAGAAAAAAUAUGGACCUCUUAAAGUUGUGUCGCAGCCACUUGCCUUCUUGGAAGAAGAUAUUCGGGAAGUUUUAAAGGAAGAAACUGGAACAGACAUAUUCCUCAAAGAGGAAGACGAGCCUGCUUACAAGGGCUGCAGACAGGAGCCUACUGCCUCUGUGAAGAAAGUCAGAAAAUCCCUAGUCUUAGAUAAUUGGGAAAAAGAAGAACCAGGCAUUCAGCUACUGACUGAAGAUGUUUCAGACAUGCAGUCAGAAAAUAUAUUUUCAACAUCUUUAUUAAUGAUACCAUUAUUGGAAAUACAUGACAAUAGGUGCAACUUGACUCCUGAAAAACAAGACAUAAAUUCAACCAACAAAACAUAUACACUUAAUAAAAAGAAACCCAACCCUAACACUUCCAAAGUUGUCAAAUUGGAAAAGAAUCUUCAGUCAAAUUGUGAAUGGGAAACGGUGGUGUAUGGGAAGACGGAAGACCAGCUUAUCAUGACUGAACAAGCGAGAAGAUACCUGAGUACUUACAUGACUACCAGCAGCACUUCACGAGCUCUAAUACUGUUACAACAGUGCUUCAGUUGCCUGUUUUAGGUGUUUGCACUUAUUUUACUUCUUGAAAGAAUGUCUUUAUUUGCUUUUGUGAUAGAGAUUUUAUGUAAUUUUUUGAGACAUAAUGGUGUGCUGUCAAUUUAAACACUGGCAGAUAAACAGAAUUGUACACUGUAGUUUGAAUUAUUUAUAACUGAUGCACUCUCUCCCUCUCCACUCCUGAAGCAUGCUGCUAUAGAAAAUAGCAGAGUCGGCUUGCUGCUAUGAGAGAAGGAAGGAGCGACCACCACUUGCACUGUGUGAAAAGAUAGAACGCAAAUGAUGGCAAGUUCUCAAGUUAACUGAGUGGAGUCAACCAUUACCAACAAAUUCUUAGAAAUAACCAAAAUACUACUAAGCCUAAAGACAAAACAAAAACAGCUCAGUAUUUGCUGAUUUAUUUUUAUGUUGAUAGAAAUGGAAAUACUUAAGCAUUGUAAUGCUUUGCCUAGCUCUUCAAAAGUAGACCUAAGAGGAUUUUAAACUACUUAAAUAAAUACACUUGUUGGUUUUUACAUAUUAGUUGUAGUGAGAAGUGAGGAGAAUGUAUGGUACUAAGAUUAUGCCUUGUUGACAGCAAACAGAGAAACCCAAUAUGAAUCUUCUUAGCGUUCUUGCGAAGUAUGUUGAUUGCUUUCUGAUUAAUGAAC